AUGCGGGUGAUAUUGACCUUUGAGCGGAAAAAUGCACCAUUUUUAGUGACUUAUCGCAAACCGAAUUCACGUUAUUUUUCAAGUAAUGAGGAUACGGUACCACCAAAGAAGGUUCUAACAGACGAAAAACAUACACGCAUAAGCUAUCGUCGUUGUUCAUCAGAUCCACAAACGCUCCGUGAGAGAGAGGAUUUUCGACGGGAUACAAAAUACGGCACUUAUCGUCCGCUCCCUGAUAUCCCUUGGCUCCAGCUCAAACAAAAAACCUACCUGGACGAUGCUGAGCGGCUUUACGGGCGAAUGGAAGAUUGGCAUCGUAUUACCGAUGACGCGCUACGCGAGAAAUUGGUAGCCAUUUUACAAGACUACCUUCGCGACACCUGUGCGGCUACGAGGCUUGAGAUGAAGGACGCCAAAAAGUACAAGUGGCUGUGUGAAAUUUCCGCUCAGGACUACCGUUCUCAUAUCUUUGAUGGGGCUUUUCAUUCGGUCGGUAGGCUCCGAGAAUGGGCAUCUUCCGUGGCCGAACGGCAACUCGUGGUGAAAAAAGAUAAUCCGGUAACUAAUGCGGUAAGCGAUACGCAACCAAACUCGCAGGCGUUCGAACAUUCGGCUUCAUUCGAUAAGGCACCAUCUACUGGCAUGGGCUUUAGGAUGAAUUUAGAGACAGACUCAUCGUUCGAAACCGAUCCUGAAAAGAUUGACAUCUCAGCUCAACAACAACAGGAGCGGCGUAAGCGCCGUGGGGAGGAUGCGAAACUCGACAACACGCCCGCCCUGUCGGAUCUUUCCGAGAGUGAUCUACGGCGGUGCCCGGUAUCGGCGUUUCCCUUUCUUCGCAGGCGUGCAUUAGAGGAUGAACAUUCCCUCGAUUCCUCUCUGGUAGAUUGGACGGCGAAGUACUUCCCCGAGGACAACAAACACACUUUUGAGCAGCCUCCCAAGCUGCGUUAUGACCCAUCCCGCGCCACGGCGGGGGAUUCAGCGCAAAACGAGUCGGAUGGGGCGUUUGGCGACAUUCGCCAUGCCUCCCACUCCGCAAUUGAGGAGAAUUCAGAUGAGGAUAAUCAUCGCAUUCCGCGGCAUCAUGCGCGUCAUCGCCUCCAGCGUUCUCUUCGAUCUCACGAGGAUCGCCAUCGUCCUACCUUCGAUGGGGAGGGCGUCUUUUAUCAUAUUCGUAAUUUGUCAAAUGAAGACGAGCGUGUACCAAAGGCAAGACCAGUCAGGGGCUCUGAUUUCAUGGCUCGUCCUGGAAUGGGCUCAAAAGUGGUAAAGGUUCCGUGGAAUGUGGUGUCAACGGCGAAGCAGCAGGGCCACAGCCACAAUAUUCUCAAAGCUAAGGAACGCCUCGCUCGUCUUUCUCGCGGGGAGAAUCCUGGAACGAUUCCAUGA